GCGGGGCGCGGCCGGCUGACGCCGGGGCGGCGGCCGUCGGUGGAGCCGGCCGGUAGCAGCGCGAUGCUGCAGCUGCGGGACACGGUGGACUCGGCGGGCACGAGCCCCACGGCGGUGCUGGCGGCCGGCGAGGAUGCGGGCGCCGGACGGCCUGGGGCGGGCACUCCGCUGCGCCAGACGCUGUGGCCACUGAACGUCCACGACCCUACACGCCGCGCCCGCGUCAAGGAGUACUUCGUGUUCCGGCCCGGCACCAUCGAGCAGGCGGUGGAGGAGAUCCGCGCCGUGGUACGGCCGGUGGAGGACGGCGAGAUCCAGGGGGUGUGGCUGCUGACCGAGGUGGACCACUGGAACAACGAGAAGGAGCGGCUGGUGCUGGUCACCGACCAGUCGCUGCUCAUCUGCAAAUAUGACUUCAUCAGCCUUCAGUGCCAGCAGGUGGUCAGGGUGGCGCUCAGCGCGGUAGACACCAUCUCCUGUGGAGAAUUCCAGUUUCCGCCAAAGUCGCUCAACAAGCGAGAAGGCUUUGGGGUUCGCAUUCAGUGGGACAAGCAGAGCCGCCCUUCUUUCAUCAACAGAUGGAACCCCUGGUCUACAAACAUGCCCUAUGCCACCUUCAUAGAACACCCGAUGGCUGGCAUGGAUGAGAAGACUGCGUCUCUGUGCCAUUUGGACAGCUUUAAGGCUCUCCUAAUCCAGGCCGUCAAGAAAGCCCAGAAGGAAAGCCCGCUGCCAGGGCAGGCGAACACCGUGCUGGUGCUGGAGCGUCCCCUCCUCAUCGAGACCUAUGUGGGGCUCAUGUCCUUCAUCAACAAUGAGGCCAAGCUGGGCUACUCCAUGACCAGGGGCAAGAUCGGCUUCUAGAUAGCUGCACCCCGGGAGACCAAGGUGGUGGGGACUCUACGUGCCACCUCACGCCACCCACUGGCUGGAGGGAACCAGGGCAUUGUCCCGUUAUGUCUCGUUAGGAUAGUCAGAUGGAUUAUGUAUAUUUAGUUGGAUAUUGGACACUGGCAACAUGAUCUUAGGAAGGCAGAUUCAGCUGCCCCCAUACCACUGUGUUCUUCUGUAACGCCACGUUCUCCCUCCAGCAUGCCGAGCACAAUGUACCCUCCCACUUGUGCUGUGUAGACUGUUGAAUACAGCUGAGAGCAGUGAGUGGCUUCUGCACACGCACACAUAUUAACUCUUCCCUAUAUAGUAACCCUCAAGUGCUGUAUUUUAAAAUUCAGCCCAUUUUUUAAAAAAGCUAAAUACAAUAUUAGCCAGCAGACAGGUCACGUAAGAAAGACAGUCUGCCUGGUAGCUCCUAGUGAACCUGCCUUUCUGUGAAUAUGUUUGACUUAGAAUCACACUUUAUAAAUUAAUCCAGGUUGUGUUGACACAGCAAUUUUCCUAGGCCCAAAAGGUUACUCUAUAACACAAUCUAGCCCCUUCUGUAAGUCAUGGUGGUGGGUUUCUAUCAUCCUGUCUCUGUUUAAAAGGGACUGAAGAGUUGUGUUUUUAAAGUGCAUGCCUAUAAGCAGACGAGCGUCCCGGAGCUCACUGAGUGCUGCUGAGCUCCGACCGCCAGCCACACGCACCUGCCACUGUAGCUCUAACCUUGAAAGUGCAUGGUAGACGCUGGCCUAUCACUUUAUACCUCUAGCUUUAGUCAGGCGGCAUGAAUGUGACAGACUGCCAUGUUCUGUCCAGGAGGAAUGGUGACCUCAGAUGCGCCCAUCCUCAGCCUGUGCUUUUGUUCUAGUAAAGACAUUUAAAACCAAA